AUGGCGGCGACAGGCACCAGCGAGAUUGAACCAGCGGCGAAGCGGCUCAAGACCGAGGACGCGCCGCUCGUGUCCUUUGUGAUCCCAGCGCACAAUGCGUCGGCGACCAUUGACGACUGCCUCGAGUCCAUCUGCAGCUCCACGUACCGGCCUCUUGAGAUUGCAGUCUACGACGAUGCGUCCUCGGACGACACGCUCGCCAAGCUCCACGCGUGGGUGCCCAAGUGCGCCGCUGCAGACAUUACACUGCACGUAGUCGAACAGAAAAAGGCCACGCCAGGCGGCGCCGGCUACGCCAAGAACCGUGCGGCCGACGUCUGCACGGGCGCCUACCUCGCCUUUCUCGACUCGGACGACAUGGUCGUGUCCGAGCGCGUCGCCGUCCAGCUCAAGAUGGCACAAGACGACCCGAACGUCAUUGUGGGCGCCAACUUUCGACGCAUUCCCGAAGGCUCCACGUGGCAUUACACGGCGUGGGCCAACAGCCUCACGAAGGAGCAGCUCGUGCUCCAGCAGUACCGCGAGUGCACGAUCAUCAUGCCCACGUGGUUCAUGCGCCGCGAGCGCUUCUUGACAGUCGGCGGCUUUGACGAAGCCCCCGAAGGCGUCACGAUUCCCGAAGACUUGAUCUUCUUCCUCAAGCACCUCGAGAUGGGCGGCUCGCUCGACAAGGCGUCGGACGAACUCGUCAUCUACCGGCACUCGAGCGGGUCCGUCUGCAGCAAACUGCCGCGCCGGGUCCUCCUCCGCACGCGCCUCGCGUCCCUCGAGCGCCGCGUGCUCAGCCAGUGGGCCUCGUUCACGAUCUGGGGCUGCGGCCGCGACGGCAAAAACUUUUUUGUCGACCUCUCGACCGACGGCAAGCACAAGGUCGCGGCGUUCUGCGAUGUCAACGUCAAGAAGAUCGGGUCGACGUACUACUGCCGCGAGACCAAGAAGCACGUGCCCAUCAUCCACUUCUCCGAGGCCAAGCCGCCGAUCAUCUGCUGCGUGUCAAUGGGGCGCACGGACGGCGAGCUCGAAGCCAACAUCCAGUCGCUCGGGCUCGUCCAGGGCGUCAAUUUUUGGCAUUUUAAUUAG